AUUAAACGCCACUUUUUGGAAAUUGACUUUAUUUGAAAAACACCUUUCUACAAUUUUUUUUUUCCUACACUGGCAUUCACUUAGAAGAGAGAAAAGGAGCCACACAGAUAUUUUGGAGGAAAGGGACAAGGCUUCACCAGAAACAGCACAUGCUUUCCUUUCAUUUCGGGGAGUCCCAGGGUCAACCUGCAGAUGCUGCUCCUUCCGUGGCCGAUGGCAUUCAGACUCCUAGCUGCCGAAGGUUCCAGGCAAACAAUUGGACAGAACAGCUCAGCUACGGGAAGCUGGUUACGGUCUCGGCCAGAGCAGCAGCCCCCUGGCCACAGACCACCUCUACCACCCCAUCCAGGAGCCUUCCCACCUCCCUCAGUCUUGCCCGGGACCCGCUGCAGGGGCUGAAGAACUGGAAGGUGGUGGCAGCCGCCGCCGUGGCGCCUACAGCCUUGGGGCCAUUCCAGGCACGUGGGACCCUGCUUCGGGCAACUCUGCAGCCCCUCCAGGGCCAGAGGGGGACCCAGGACAGCCCCAGUGCUCACCACAGUCUCUUCUUGUUGCUGAAACCCAGGCGAGCGCUCAGAAUGGAAGCUGCCUCUCCUGAGCUGAAUGUGCAGGCCAGACUGAAGGAGGUGGGGGACAGGGUGAGCAGAGCUCAAGAUAGCCAGGAGCUAAAGCAGCAGCUGCGGCCACUUCCCAAGCCAUCAGCCUCCUCCCAGCGAGAAGCAAAAUAUGUAGAGAUGCGCGCUUCAGCGGGAGUCCAGAGGGAGAGUCCCCGGACUGUGAGACUCACGCUGGAGCAGAGCCCAGGGGAUCGGAGGGGCUCCAGGAGUCCCAAGGAGAAAACCCAAGAUGAACCCAGCAGUCAAGAGGGCGAGGCUCCAGCCCCCCAGAAGAAUCCUGCCUCCUCGGAAUUGUCCAGGUCCCAGGUCUCCCGCACUGAUAAGGGCAGCAACCUCUCACCUUCAUCCUUCUCCUCCUCCCCGGUGGACAAAGCAGAAGAAGGUGGCCUUUCCAAGAUGGAUGAUACCACCACAUCCACAGGGGCUCUGGCCACCUCGUCCUCAUCGUUGGGCUUCGAGAGUGACAGCGGUGAGAAUGCAGUGAGCUGUCGGCCUGGGGGAGAAGAAGGGAAAAAAGCAGGAGGAGGGGGAGGAAGAGGAGCAGGGAGAGGUGGGGGAGGAGGAGAUGGAACAGAGUGCAGAGACAUUAUUGCCAAGUCUCAGGGCAGCAGGGACCCCCCCAAAACUCAGGAGGCUCACUACAUCACCACCCAUGAGAUCCAGCUGAGCGAGGUAGAGCAGGACAUGGAUUUCGAUGUGGGCUUGGCCUCCCGCUGGGAUUUCGAGGACAACAACGUGAUCUACUCAUUCGUGGACUAUGCUUCCUUUGGUGGCAGCGACGAGACCCCAGGGGACGUCACCACCCCGACCGAAGAGGACGACGACAACAGCUGCUACCUCAGCACCACUCCUAGCACCAACGCCACCCGGACACCCAGCCCCACCAGCAGUGACCCCGCCCGUCCCGGCGCAGGCAGCAGCGGCCGCGACACCAGCAGCACGGAAGUGGGCAGCGGCCCCUCGGACAGUGACCCCACUCCCCCACCCACCGGGCCUGGCACUGCCACCCCGUGUGAGCCCUUGCCGGAGCCCCCGGAGGCAGCUUCAGGCGCAGCAGCCGCCGCAAGCAGCUGUGGGAGUACAGCAAGCCAGAUCCUCCUAUCAAUCAAACCGACUUCCCGGGCUAUAAAUGAGCCUAGCAACGUGUGUGCAAAGCAAAACAUUAUUUACGCUGCCAAGCAUGAAGGCGACAUGAGCCUCCGCGUCUCUACAGCUGCUGAACACAAUUCAAGUUCACUGAAGCAAAACCCGGCUUCAGCCGUGGCUCAGGACCAUGCAAAGAAAUUCAUUGCCGUCCCUGCUCGCCUGCAAACCCGGUGCGGGGCGAUCCGGGCGAAGGAGCUGGUGGACUACUCCAGCGGAGCCUCCAGUGCCGUGAGCGAGCUGGACGAUGCGGACAAAGAGGUGCGUAACCUGACCUCCCGGGCCUUCCGGAGCCUCGCUUACCCCUACUUUGAGGCUCUAAACAUCAGCUCCCGGGAGUCCUCCGCACUCUCUGAAGUCGGCUUUGGGCGUUGGUCGACCUUCCUGGACUUGAAAUGUGGAGGUGUUGGAGCCAGGGUGGAACAGAGCCUCCUCAGGAGCAGCGCAGCCUCCGUGGCUGCGGGUCUGAGGAAGGGCAGUGGGGCCAGGACAACCGCAGACCAGCUCUACAUCCAGUCCAAGAAGUCCCAGACCAAGGCCUUGGAGUUCGUAGUCAGCAAAGUCGAGGGGGAAAUCAAACACGUGGAGACACCUCUGUGUUUCCAGAAGCAGGUCCAGUCGGGCCCCCGUGUGGUCACCCUUCUCGAGCCUCUGAAUUUACGCAGUGAGAGCAAAGCCAGCUCAGCCGCUGGACCCAACAGAGCCACAACCAAAGGCCCCAGCAAGGGCCCUGGGUCGGUGUACACCGAUGAUGGCUCAGAGACCUCUGAGAGCAGCAAGCCGGCCUCCCGCGCUGAUGGCCCCCAGAAGAAGUCCAAGUUUGCUUCCAGUCUGCUCAAAAAUGUCAUCUCCAAGAAGAUGCAGCGGGAGCAUGAGUUCAAAAUGGAGAGGGGAGAAGUCACUGACACAUCCCACCAUAACCUCUCCAGCACCUCCAAGGAGACUGAGCGCCCUCCUCCGGGGGGUGAGAAGCAGCGGGAAAGGGGCCUGCAGAGGCAGAGUUCUCGCCACUCAGAGGCCGGCUCUGAGUACACGGUGGUCAGCAUGUCUGAUGCAGGUGGGGAGGGGUCCCUAACCGAGUCGAAAUCCCCAAUUUUCAAAGCCAGUGCCCCUCGGGAGAGCCACACAGGCUCCAGCCGUAAUUUCACUGAUGGACACGCUGAAGAAGUGUGUGAAAUUAAAAAGAGUGCAUCAGAGACUGUCAAGGGCAUCUUCCUCCGUAGUCAGAACAGUGCAUUCCGGUCAUGGAAGGAGAAAGAGGCUGAGAAGCGGGAAGAAAAAGCCCCCAUUGGGAAGCUGAAACUCCCCAAAGGAGGUGACUGGAGGGCUGAUCUCGGGGAGAUCUCUGCCAGCAAGUCCACCAUCAUGUCUCGCCUCUUUGUCCCCAAUAUCCAGCAGACACCUAAGGACAAGCAGCCAGGGAAGCAGGCCACCAAAUACCCUGCUGCCCAGGCCACCUCCACGGCAGUGAUUAGGCCCAAGGCUCCUGAAAUCAAGAUCCGGCUGGGGAGUGUGCAACAGCCAAGCUCUGACUUCAACAUUGCCAAGUUGCUCACGCCCAAACUGGCCAGUGGUAGCGCCUCUAACCUCUUCAAGACCACAGAGGACAACAGCAGGGCACAACAGAAACUAUUCCGGGGGGACAACCUGGAAAAAGUGCCCCAGUUCCAGGUGAGAGACGUCAGAGACAAGUCCAAGGCCCAAGGCCCCCUCCACCAGGUGAGAGAUGUCCGGAAACUAAUCAAAGGGUCCGGGGACAGCAGUGACAAGGGCAGUGUUACCCCAGAGCAGGGGCUGACCGGGCCCAAACCCCGGCAGCUGGCUCCUGCAGCUGGUGGCUCAGGAUCCCUGUCCCCCAUGGUGAUUACAUGCCAGACUCUUGUCAACCAGAGGGAAGAGAGCAUGGACCGAGAGCCGAGGGACAACAUGGGCAAGGUGGGUAGCAGCCGGGCCUUGAACUCCUCCUCGCCAGAAGGGACUGUCCUGGUUCACAGGGCAUCUGGCAGGCUGCCUGUGGCCACCAUCGCUCCCAAUAAACCGGAGCAGGGCUCAUACCUGCCUGUGCUCAAGAUUGUCUCCAAGGCUUCUGCUCAGAGGACCCCAGAGAAGGUCAAGGAGGAGGAGGUCAAGGAGGACGGGAAAGGCCCCAAGCCAUCCCGGAAUGCCCUGGAGAAGCUGACGGCCGCCGUGAGGUCCAUGGAAGAGCUGUACAGCUUCAACAGGAACGAGUGGAAGCGGAAAAGUGACCCCUUGCCCCUGAUGACCGACAGCCACGUCCUGUCGCUCAUCGCCAGUGAGGAGAGGGAGGGGGCUGGGGGUGCUGAGCGGGACCCCGACAAGCUGGCUAGACGGCUGGGUGAGGCAGAAGAGCGGAGCACCGGAAACAAAGGCGGGGUGGUCCUGCGAGGGGGUCCCGUGGAGCGUCUGCAGCGGAGAAACUCCAACCCGAGCGCCGAGAGUGUGUCCGCCCGCGCGGCCGCCUUCGAGAACCUGGCCAGGGAACGGCCCCGGUCCCUGUAUAUUCCCCCCGUGCACAAGGAUGUGGAUAGAACCCAGCCCCUGCAGCCCCUGCCCCCCCUCCCCAGCAACCGGAAUGUGUUCACAGUGAGUGCCAGCAGCACCCAGAAGACCGGGGGUGUGGCUGGCAAGUUCCCACAAGGGCCUUCUCCGGAGAGUCCUUCAGCAGCCAAGAGCAUCAGAUCACAGGGACUCCGAUCCCUCAAGAUCUCUCCCGCCACCAGGGCACCUCUCGAAGAGGUGACCAACAGGAAAAAUGGCAGCAAUUUGGAAAAGAGCAAUAGUGACUGUGAGAAUUACCUGACCAUCCCCCUUAAAGGAAGCUCUGCAGCCGGGGAGCUUCCAGGCAGGCCUGGGGCUGGGAGGGAGGGGCCCCCAGCCUCCUCUGCAGCCACCCUCUGCAGCUUGCCCCCGCUGAGUGCCCGCAGUCAGGUCCCCAGUAGCCCCAAAGGCUCUCAGGUCAGCGGAACCAGCCGGCCAGCGUGGCGCACCAAACCUGACAACCCCCGGGAGACCGUCGCUGCCCCCCCAGGGCCACAGAGCCCUGAGCAUCCCCCCACCGCCAUCUACCGCCAGCAGCCGCUGCCCUUCACCCUGCAGGGGGCCCAGCCCCAGGUCCUCUGCUUCUCCCCGCCAGGCAUGCCUGCCCCAGCCCCUGCAGGCCCAGCUCCAGUCCCCACAGACCCCUUCCAGCAGCCACAGCCUCAGCAGACCCAGCGCAAGAUGCUCCUGGAUGUGACGACUGGCCAGUACUAUUUGGUGGACACGCCAGUACAGCCCAUGACCCGGCGACUGUUUGACCCCGAGACAGGGCAGUAUGUAGAUGUGCCCAUGACCUCCCAGCAGCAGGCUGUGGCUCCCAUGUCCCUCCCUAUGCCUCCUUUGGCCCUGAGUCCCGGGGCCUAUGGACCCACCUACAUGAUCUACCCUGGGUUUCUGCCCACGGUGCUGCCCGCCAAUGCCCUGCAGCCCACACCAAUUGCUCACACUCCAGGGGGUGGUGAGCUCUCCCCCAUGGCAGCAGAGCCCCCCAGCAAAGAGGCAGCGGCUGCAUUCACCGAGGCCCCAUACUUCAUGGCCUCUCGUCAGUCUCCUGCCUCUUCCUCCUCUGCCCCAGCAGCCACAGCCCAGCUGGUGGGGGCCAAGGGCUUCGCCCAGCUGCAUGGCAAGCCUGUCAUCAGCAUCACUUCGCAGCCCCUGGGGCCGCGGAUCAUUGCCCCCCCCUCCUUCGACGGCACCACCAUGAGCUUUGUGGUGGAACACAGAUGAGGAGAGGUCACCAGAAACCACAACGGAGCAGCUGGAGCAAGACAGAAAGAUGGACAAUUCUUCCUGUAUCUGAAGGUUGCAUUAUAACAGCACAAAGAAUUCAUCUGAAAAACUUCCUCUACAUGUGUUAUUCUUAGUUUUUGCUUCUUAUAAACCAAGUGUGUAAGUUUCUAUAUUUUUCUGAAUAACCCUGUUAAGACAGUUUGUGUUAUUUUAGUUUUACUAAGCUGAUUGAUUGAAUUUUUUUUUCUGUGUAAAACUAUUUCUUUUUAUACUUUAAUACAGGAUAUAAGCCUUCUGGUCAUCUUUUCCCUCCUGCAUUUGUGAUAGGCAAACAAUCUCUCAAGUGUUCUCAUAGUUCAGUCAAAACAUACAACAGAAUAGGACUGGUUCUGCUGUAAACCAAACCAGCAAAUCAGUCAUUUGGCUCACACAUCUUCUUACAGAUUCUUGGAGUAGAGCGGGACUAGCAGGCAGAGUUGUAGCACUUGUUUGGAUUUAAAGAUGAUGGGUCUGCAUUUUGAAUACUAUACCAUCCACGCCUGGUCAUUCUCUUGGUUGUGUUUUGUAUGUUCUUUUCUUGGGUUCAGCAUGAUUUCAAAUGUGAUUGUGAAAAACAGUGGUUUUAACUUUUGUGCCUUGUUUUAACGUUCCCAUUUGUACAAUGCCAUGAGACUAUUUGUUGCCUUAAGAUAGAACGGCUUGAAAUACAGGAGAGCCAGUGGUUGCAUUUAAAAUGAUUAAAUUCUUAGUCUCGGAAAGGCAUAAAAUACCUAUUUCCCUAUAGGAAUCCAACCUUUGUUGUGAGUGUAUAGCAUUAUUUUUCUUCUUCAAUGAUUCCCGCCAUAGUUGCAUAUGCCUGUCUCUCACGGAUUGUUUGGAGUCUGAAGAGUGACCCAUUUGGGGCAGUGGAGUGGGAUGUAAGCUUUGUUUCGGUGGCUCUGAGUCUCUCCAGCCAUAGCCAUACCGAUAGCAAUGACCCAGGAUUGUAUCACUUGCUCCUUAUGGUUUUAAGAGAUGUUGAGAAUCCAAGUCAUAGAAUCUUUCAUCGACAUUCAAUACUGCCUCAGGGGUAGCCUAAUUCUGAAGGUUCUUUUAGUGAGUGUUCACCGUGAGUUUUAAAGAGUUGACUGAAUAGAUAAAUAUUUAGCUUGUCAUGAUUAAUAAGUGAGUCUAUAUAUAUUCAACAAAUGUUACAUUGAAUUAUUUCUUACUUUUUGAAAGAAUAACUUGAAGAUUCUCCCAGGCAUUCUUUAAGGAAUCUCCUCUUAUUUAUUUAUUUGUUCAAAGAUAAAGCAUUAUGAUCAUUUUUUUAAGCUUUAUUUUGAUUUUAAUGGUCAUCAAUAUUGGUUUCUGCUUAAAAUUGCUUCUUGAAGCCACAGUAUUUUAGAUUAUUCAUGACUGAGGUAUGAGUAAAAACUGAGUCUGAUUUUUGUAUGAUUUAUGUAACCUGAUUACUUUGUAAUUAAGCUCUCCAUUGCAGACUCUUAAAAAACGAAAACUCAAUUUCACAUUCAGGGCCUUCCUUAAAGAGUCCUUACUCUAAAAAGAAGUUCUGUUGGGUAAAAGGCAGAGUUUGAGGCAGAAACAGUCAGCUCUGGCCACAAUUCAAUCAAUUGUUGGGCUGAUGAACUAUGAAAUGAAGUGGAUAGCCUCUGUGAGAUGUGGAACAUAAAGUCUGAAAUAGUCUCUGUGUUUGGAAAAGAUGCCCUUGCACCAUAUUGGGGAAGGUGUGACUCCUUUGUCACAGAGGUCUUCUUACCCAAGUACACAAACAGAUUCACCCCAGAGCUUACUUAAUUUCCCACCACGGGGAAACUUCUCUGACAGCAUCGGCCCUUCCUCAUGUUCAGUAGAGAUUGGCUAGGUAUGAAAUCACCCAGUGUUGAAACAAGAAAGUAGAUUCAGUCAAAGAUCUCAAACCUACAAUACUCACAGUGGCACCAUGAGAUCUCAAAUAUUUGAACACAUCUGGUGAAACUUAUAUAGGAUUUGGGUAGAUAAAACUAAAAUUGAUAAGAUUGCUUAAAAACUAUGUGUGACUUUAGGAGAACCCAGCAGUCAUGUUGAAUUGUCAACUACUUGUCAGGUCUUCGUAAAGAGAGACAUCUCCUUUCCUAGAACACAUGGUAGAGUUCUUACCUACCAAGGGUCCAGGGACCCUGGAAGCUACUUAUCAUUAGAAUCACCGGCAGAUCUGAGCCUUAUUCUCACAUUGAGGUAAACUAGAACUAAGGAAAGGAAGGAGAACUUCUCAUUUGCCAGUUCUAUCAGAGAGGCCACAUCCUCUGAGAAGCUACUACGGAUGUAGUAAAUGUCCAGAUGGUUAAAAAUGUAACUUUACAGUAAGUCUGUGAGCACUAUAUUACCUGCUGAUAAUUUUAUGGUUCUCUAUUUCAUCAAACCAUAUAAAGCCAAACCAAAGCUGCCAGGCCAUUUCCUACCUCAAAUGAUUGGGAAGAACAUUUUUAAAGACAUGAGGUAAAUCGAAAUUCUCAUUUUCAUUGUUUUAUUAUUUCUUGAGCGGUUGCAUUGAUAUUUGUAUGAAGUCGUUGUGCCCUUCCUUGUUUAACCAAAGUCAAGUGGACUAAAUCAAGAGUCUAGGAAGCCCUCCAACUAGUAAAACUAUUACCCUAGCAAUGUGCCUUUAGCUGCUGAGCUACCCUCUUAUGUUUCAUGCCCACAAAACCAUUAAUAAGGCAGGUAGCAUUUCCUGAACAGUGCCUGGAGCGUAAAUCUAAUCAGAAUUGCAGAGCCAGGCUUUUGCCUUUUCCUGUCGGGGUUACAUGGGUGACUCAGUUUUCCAGAUGAACCGCAGGGCACUGUGGGUAGAAAUCUCAGCCCGUUUCCUCUUUUUUCCAUGUUGGUUAAAUGGUCAGGUUGAAACAUGCUCCAUUUGAACUGUUUCUGGAAAACCAAACCCAUUUGUAACCAGUAUAAAAAUUUAAUUCACCAGAAUGUAUUUUCUUAAAAAGCACUCACUGAAAUUGCCCUCAGGAUUAAAUGAAGCCCAGAUACGCAGUUAGAGACUUAACCCAUAGGCUCUCUGGAUGUCUGUCUGUGUCUCUGGAUGUCUGUCUGUAUACAGCACUCUAGCUAUAUUGAGUAGAUAAGCUAACACAAAUUACACUUUGACAUCUUUAUGGUAAAUCUUAAAUGCUAACACACAUUUCAAAUUCAUCCUUACAUCACUA